AUGAUUGCUCUCUUCUUGGAAAUACUGUUCUUAUGUCACACCCAUGCCACUUUAUCUCAAAACAGCGGAGGAAAUUAUCCUGAUGCCAACGAGGCUCAGCGCCGCCGGCGCCAAGAUCCUGCAGUGCGUGCCGCCGAAGCUGAAGCUAAACGGCGCCGUCGACAAGACCCGGAAGUGCGCGACGCCGAGGCAGAGGCUCAUCGCCGCCGCCGAGAGCAACCAGAAGUGAGCGCUGCUGAAGCUCAAUCUAAGCGCCGCCAUCGAGAGGACACUGAAGUGCGCGACGCCGAAGCAGAAGCUCAUCGCCGCCGUCGAGAGCAGCCAGAAGUAAGCGCUGCUGAAGCUGAAUCUAAGCGCCGCCGUCGAGACCACCCGGAAGUGCGCGACGCCGAGGCAGAGGCUCAUCGCCGCCGCCGAGAGCAGCCAGGAGUGAGCGCCACCGAAGCGGAAGCCAGAAGCCGCUAUCGAGAGGACCCGGAAGUGCGCGACGCCGAAGCAGAAGCUCAUCGCCGUCGCCGAGAGCACCCAGAAGUAAGCGCUGCUGAAGCUGAAUCUAAGCGCCGCCGUCGAGAGGAUCCGGAAGUGCGCGAAGCCGAGGCAGAGGCUCAUCGCCGCCGCCGACCAGGAGUGAGCGCCGCCACAGCGGAAGCCAAGCAAAAGGCAAGGAUCGCUAAGCCUGACGGUGCAACAAAAAAUUUCCAACGGCUGUUUAGAGACAACCCGUUUGGGAGCGUAUGUUCAGUCUGUGAUCGGCUCUGGUUCCAAAACGACUUGCAACCGCUACCGGACAGAUGUCACGAGACCCUAGAGCAAUCAUUUCCAAACUCGGAUUUAACCCAAUUCAAACUGUGCUCGACCUGCAUACAAUCAGUGCACAAGGGUCAUAUUCCUCAUCUUUCCUCAAGUAACGGUUAUGUAUAUCCCCCGAAGCCAGCCCACCUCCCACAAUUGAACGCGGUGAGUGAGAGACUCAUAUCUCCACGAAUUCCUUUCAUGCAACUGCGACGGCUGAUGCACGGUGCACGUCAACAUGGCAUUAAGGGACCAGUAGUGAACGUCUGUGUUGAUGUGGACGACAUGGUGACAAUGUUGCCUCGUGCCAUCGAACAAGACCGAGCCCUCAAUGUACAUUUGAAGCGGCGUAUGCUUGCGAAGACGACGUACCUGGCAGGGGCAGUAAAAAAAUGUGAUCUGCUGCCGUGGCUUAAGCUGCUGUGUGAUAGCACGCUGUACAAGCAUUAUAAUAUAAAGUGCGAUUUUGCCCGUUUGGGGGAUAUCGUAGAAGUGGACGAACACGACGAGAUCGAGUUGCUCCCGUAA